CCUCCCUCAGCGACAGACCAUCUUCCCCCUUCCCACCGCUCGCAGAGAUCCCAAGAAUAACCCCCAACACUGAUUAGCGAAUCCUCUUCGCGGACGGCCUGCAUUCCCCAAAUCGUCGCCUCUCAUCGGUUCUCUCAGGGAUUCUUCCAUCGCUGGUGGGGCGAUCGGUCGCUGGAAAUGGCGAACAACCUCGGCGCCGGCCGUUCAUGGGGUGGAAGACAUCAUCAGCAAGAUCGGCGACGAUUUUAUCCACUAGAGCCCUGGAGAGCGUGCUCAACUAGAUCCAGGCGGUAAUCCGUUCUUUCUCUUCGAUUCUGGGACUUCGAAGCUCUUGUGGGCUUAUUACAGUUCCCAGGGGAAGAUCCGAGAUGUGGGAAACAAGGAUGGUGCAGGACGACAUCAUCAGCCACAGCACCAUCGAGAGGUUGUCCAUCCAGAGGAACGCGGCCCUAUCACUGAGAUGCUCUUUCCGAUGGUCGACAGCAAAAGGGCAUCUGAUACCCGAUGCGGCAGCAUCACAAUAUCAUAGGCAACGAGAAGGAUUAAGAGGAAAAAGUAAUAUCAAACAAAUUCGCCUACAACAUCGUCUAAACCUUCAGGGAGGUGGUUGCGUCUUCUAACAAACCAGCUAUUGCACAUUGUUCAUCAUUGAGCACUGUAACUCAAAGCUAGGCACCAGGGAUGCGGGCUCCAUCGCCGCCACGGGCAGAGCCGGGUGAUGCCAUCCCUCCGGCGGAGACGCCGGCGACGACGUCUGCGAACCGCCGCCGUCACCUUUAUCCUCCCCCGCGGAGUUUGAUUCUUCGGCGUCCCACAACGGGGAAGGAGACAGAAGGAGCGGGGACAACAAGGGGAUGGGAUCGGAAGCAGCGGCGUCAUCGGCUCCCAUCACGAAGGCGGUGUUGCGCUUCGUGGCGUCGAGCUGCAGCGUCGCCGGUGCUUGCUUCUGGAGCCGGCUGGAUGGCUUCUUGCGCUCGUUGCCGGCCUUGGUAUCAAUUAGUCGCGGGAUCUUGACCUCCAUGGUUGAUCACGAGAGCGGAAGGAUGCGAGGGAGAAGAUGAUGGGUCGGAAGGUCUCGGGUGGCGAGAGGAAGAGGUUAUAUUUGUCGUCACCCCCCCCACAUGCCAAGGCUUCGGUUGCGGGAUGAGAUCGGCGAACGUGAGGUGGAUAGAGGAGUCUUUGGUUCGAUGGACGCUGCUGUCCUCACAUAAUAUAGCAAGUCCUGCCCAGAUCCAAACGGGAGGCCGCCUUGGUCUCGGUCAGAGUAACUGUCACUCCUCUUCUGCGUCCAUCCAUCCCUCCAUGGCAUGAGUCCACGGUGCAGCAGUUAUAUCCCAGGAGAUGUCCAAGACAGAUGCCAGCCGAUGGAUCGCCCUCAUCAACCAUUCCUCCCGUCAGGGCCUCCACCGCCGCACCCUCCACCUCUUCCACCAGAUGCGCGGGCAAGGCUUCGCCCCACACCGCUGCAUCCUCCCCAGCGUCAUUCGAGCCUGCGCCCGCCUUGCCGAUCCGGAUGCCGGCCGAGCUUCGCACGCCGUCGCCCUCCGUUCCUCGCUGGACCGCGACGCCUUCGUCCGCAGUGCCCUGAUCGACAUGUACUGCAAGUGCCGGCGAGUUCCCGACGCCCGCCAUGUGUUCGACGCAACGCUUGACAAGGAUCUGGUCGUCUGGAAUUCCGUGGUUUCGGGCUACGCCCACCAAGGCGCGGCAGAGGCCGCCAUGGUUCUCUCCAUCAAGAUGAGGUCUCUGGGGGUAAAACCAGAUCUCGUAACGUGGAACGCCCUCAUUUUCGGGUUCGCUCACAAGGGCGACGAUGAUACAGCUAUGGACUUGUUGAGGUCGAUGCAGUCCGACGGGGUCGAUCCCGACACGUUUUCCUGGACCUCGAUCGUAUCUGGGUUGGUGGUCAAUUUCAACUACGGCAAGGCAUUCGAGAUCUUUAGGCACAUGGUGAAGACUGCAGGAAUCCGGCCGAGCUCAGUGACGAUCAGUAGUCUUCUGCCGGCGUGCGCCAACCUGGUGGAUUUGAGACGCGGGAAAGAGAUUCACGGCUACGCCCUGGUCGCGGGAGUUGCACGGGACUUGUACGUCGGCAGUGCGCUAAUCGACAUGUACGCCAAAUGCGGCCUCGUGGCUGAAGCGAGCAAGAUCUUUCAUGGCAUGAAGGAAAGGAACACGGUGUCAUGGAACUCGAUGAUAUUUGGGUACGCGAAUCAGGGGCACUGCCACGAGGCCAUCCAGCUUUUCGAUCAGAUGGAGGGUGAGAGAGCGAAACCGGAUCAUCUGACGUUUAUAGCGGUUCUCUCCGCUUGUAGCCAUGGCGGAAUGGUGGAGCUGGGCAAGAGCUUGUUCCGGUUGAUGGAGGAGGCACACGGGAUAGAGCCGAGGUUGGAGCAUUACGCUUGCAUGGUGGACAUGCUAGGCAGAACUGGGGAGCUCGUGGGGGCCUGUCGCUUGAUCGCAGAGAUGCCCAUGGAGCCGGACGCGUUUGUGUGGGGAGCAUUGCUGGCGACGAGUCGGAAGCACGGCAACGUGGAGCUCGCUGAACUGGCAGCUUCGCAUUUGUUCGAACUCGAGCCAGAGAGCGCAGGGAGCUGCGUGCUUCUGUCGAGCGCUCUGGCGGAUGCUGGGAGGACAGUAGAUGCUGCCAAGGUGAAGAAACUAAUUAAGCGACGGAAGAUGAGGACGUUGAUGGGGUGCAGUUGGAUGCAAAUGUAAUAGGGAAAAAACCGGGAACAGGUAUUUCUAACUCUGCCUUUAUUACAUGUUUGCUUUUUCUUUUUCUUUUUUUUUUUUUUGCAAGAGAAGUAUCGUACAUUUGAUGACGCAACGCAAACCGUCGAUGAUGUACGAACAUGAUAGCAUUGCAUGAGGGCAAUUAAACUAUCUGUGAAGCAUAGUUGGAUGAAGGCAAGUUUAAGGAGUUGAAUCUCUCAUUCGUCGCUCACAACUCUGUGUAACAUAUCUCCGAAGGCGUGUUGGCUUUCUCCUCGAUUUGAGGUGAGGAUUCUUCAACCCACAGCUCUGCAUCCAGUUAAGCUGAAAUAAGAUUCUAACAAGACAAAACAAAGGGGUAUACAAUCCUACAUUUCAGGAACAUCGGGAGCUCAAUUAAACCUGGAGAACUAUGCUUCUGGAUGUUUCACGCUUCGAUAAUGAUCAGAUUUCAGAUCGAGGCAACGAUUCUCAACAUUAGGAGCUAACAAAAGGCUAGCUAUUGACCAAGGAUGUUCUGGCACAAGAAGAUUUCAAGUGAAUUUUAAAACCAAGGAAUACCUGGUUAACCUGCUAGUGUCAAUGUCAAGAAUGAGCAUUUUGAGGAGAAAUAAAUUCUCAAAUACUUGGUUUCUUGCUGUGUUUAUGAGUGAAGAAGACCACAAAAUCAGGAAUCUUGCUGAAUGUACUCGGGCUGAAGAGAGAGUAACAUUUGUUGGUGCUGUGAAACAAAGGCAUGCGUGUAAGCUACCAUCUGCUCUUGCAGCAGCUUGACAAACAUGGUGAGUUAGUCUGACGUUGUGAUGGCUGCUGCUCCAUCACCAUACAACUACAAGAUGAUGACAAAACCAGCCUCCGGAUGUAGCACAAGGGGAACUAACUUGCUAUAUCUCAGACCAAUUCCACUAGUAUGACUAGUAAAAAAUCUUCUAGUUCUA